AUUGAUUUUGCUUGACAACCCCAAUAUGUGUGUGUAGUUUUCUGUAGGUAUGUCACUGGCCAGCCUUAUCCUGUUUGCAGCUUGUGGGAAAGGAUAUCAAAGCAAACACAAGAUGGAGGAGUUAAGCAGAGAGGAAGACCUAGCCAUGAUGCCUUUCAGUGGAGCGAAACAAARGGAUAUAGAAGAGAUGUACUACUUUCAAGCUAACUUCAAAUGCUGUGGGCUCGUACAAGGCUACCAAGACUGGGGCACAGACAUCCCCCUCUCCUGUCUCUGUUCUGAUGAGGACUCAACAGACUUUAAAUGUGUUGCUCCUGGUAACAAUCCAAGAUUUGUUAAUCACUAUCCCAACAGUAGUUUGUCUGAGGAUGAUGACACACAGGCUCUAAUGGAUGAGCACAUGCUGGUAUUAAAGAGGUAAAAACAUGUCAUUCCACUACAC